UUUCAACCCGUUUCCUCCUCCUCAGUGUUACACUUCACCACCAAAACGCACCGUUUCGAUCCCCAAACUGCUCUGGAAUCUUACUACUUCAGCCUUAUCGAACAAUGGAGCUUCAAGCUAAGGCGAUUGUCAUUACAAAACCCUAGGAAAUUAGGUUUUGCUAUCUCCGAUGGGUAAGCGGAGCUCUCUGGUAGUCUUGUCGUCGGAUGACGACGAGGCCGAUCGUUCUCUGAGCUCCAAUCGGAGAAGUACAAGAUCGUCGGCGACGAGGUUGGUCUCUACGGCGCCGGCGAAAAACCCCGGGCGAGCGAAGAAGGCUCGGGGUUUGAGCUCUCGCUCUAGCUUGGGCUCAGUGUCCACUGAUUGGGAUGAUGUUAGAUUGUCGUUUGGAGAUUUUGAUGAAGAGUCCAAGGUACCUGCUGGUUUUAGAAGGAGGAAUUCAAAGGAGUUAUGGGUUGAGAAAUACAAACCUUGUUCCUUUGAGGAGCUCGCUGUUCACAAGAAAAAGGUUGAAGAAGUUAAGGGCUGGUUCGAAGAAAGAUUAACAAAUUCAAAGGGUAAAUCUUCUAAUCAUGCUCUUGUCAUCACUGGGCAAGCUGGAGUUGGAAAAUCUGCAACUAUUCAUGUGAUUGCAUCUCAACUUGCUGCUACAUUGUGUGAAUGGAGCACGCCAACUCCAGUAGUUUGGCAAGAACAUUUAUAUAACUCUAGUACAGGAGUACAAUACAUGUCCAAGUUGGAGGAAUUUGAAAAUUUUGUGGAGAGAGUACGGAAGUAUGGUUUGAUUCCAUCAUCCCUUAGUGAGGGUUCAAAAGCAUCAAUUAUACUCGUAAUUGACGACCUUCCGGUGACAAAUGGUAAAGUUGCUUUUCAAAGACUUCAAAACUGUUUGCGUCUUCUUGUGCAAACAACUUGUACACCAACUGCUAUAUUGAUCACCGACCGUGGUAAAGCUGAUUCCGAAGAUCAGACUGCUGGAUACUUGGAUGAACUUCCGUUGUCUCUUCAAAGUGCUGGGGCCUGUAAGGUCUCCUUCAAUCCUAUAACUUCUAAUUCCAUCAAAAAAGUACUGUCUAGAAUAUGUAAAGAAGAGCAGUGUAAUGUGACUGCUGAACAGGUUGAUCUAAUUGCAAAAGCAAGUGGAGGUGACAUAAGAAAUGCAAUUACAUCUUUACAGUUCUUCUAUUUGAAACCAACUCCCAUGCAUUUGCUUCCUUCAUCAAUUACUCCUCCCAGGUUUGGUAAAGGGAAACAAGCACCCUUGUAUGCUAAAGGAAAACCAGAUAUGGAUAAUGGUUAUUCCUUACUUUUUGGAAGAGAUGAUACACUUUCUCUAUUCCAUGCCCUUGGGAAGUUUCUGCAUAACAAAAGAGAGACUGAAGAUAUCAUGGAAUUGGAUGGAGCUGCAUUUCACGUGCGAGAAGAUUUGUCUAGACUACCACUGAAAAUGGAUGCUCCGGAAAAGAUUCUUUGUCAAGCUCAUGGACAAGCUAGGCCAAUUGCGGAUUUUCUACAUGAAAAUGUUCUGGAUUUCCUGAGUGAGGAGGCAAUGGAUGAUUCCUGGUCAGUUGCUUCAUAUUUAAGUGAUGCUGACUUGCUUCUUGCUACCUUCCGCGGAAUGUUAAGUAGGCAGUAUGAGGCAGAGAAUGUUCUACAGUCGGCCGGUGCUUCAGUUGCAGUUCGUGGUGUGCUAUUUGGAAAUAAUCAUCCAUUGCCGUCCAGGUGGCAUGCUGUUCGGCGGCCCAAGCUCUGGCAGGUUGAGAAGUCAUCAUUUUACAACAAGAAGGAGAUGGUAAAUCAGAGAUUCAGUGCUUAUAAUGGAAUGUGUUCAUCAGAUUUGACGGUUAUAGCUACCGAGUACAUGCCUGCAUUUAAAUGGCUUGGAUUUAGGGCACAGGGAGGUCUUGAAGAGAAUGUCGAAAGGAUGAGUUUGGGUGAUCAAGACAGCGAAGUUGAGGACGAUAUAGAAGAUUGGUAAGGAAUAGUAGUUAGAGCUUAGGAAGCAAUCUUUGCUAAGAUUCGGUUUGUUUUGUAUAGUAAUUGCUGCAACAGAAAAGAAAAAUGACAGAGUUUGCUAGCAAUGUUAGAUUUGGCAGUCUCAGUUCUUUGUACAGUCACUUGUUGAAGUUUAACUUUAUUAGAGCAGGAGUCUUUUUAGUCUUUUCAUUUGUAACGAGAAAAUCAGAAAUACAAAAGAAAAUUAAAAAAUAAAGGAAAAAGGAAACACAACCCAAAUUACAA